CACGGAGUGAAAUUCUGUGCCUUUGACUCUCCUUACUUUAAUUGCACUCCCCGCCCGUGGAACCCUCCGUCUCGCUCGCAAACUCGCUAUGUUGCCCUAAGGGGUUUCACGAUUUGUGGAUUGGAAGCUGACAAUCUCAAAGGCGGUUGACGCCGUUUCUCCUACAGAUCUCAAAAAAGCUUGCCGUCUUUUAGCUCACGAUCAAAUCUCUCCCGAGUGUCUUUCGAGAGAUGAGGUAGCGUACUCGGCAGUUUUGAGCGCUUGCUGGAGGAAGAAGGAUGGCGGACGUCACCAUUGCCGCUAUCAACGAGUUAAAGGCCCUUCCUCAGGGCUUGCAUUGGUUCUGCUCUCGAAGCACUGAUGACGAAGUAGACCGCUGCUACGAUGAGGACUUCACCCAGAACGAGCUCCAGAUGGAGAAUCAGGAUAAGCGAAAUGAACGACGAGAGAAGGCAGAGGCAGCAUCGAAGAGAAAGCGGACGGUGUUGAGCGCGGUCCAGAUCUUCGCAUUCGACGGCGAGGAAGCAGUCCCUCUGCAGGACUAUGUCCGGAACGGCCUGGAGCAUCUAAUGCAGACGUGCGAUGUGUGUGUUCGAACGUAUCACGCGGCUCGGUCUGAGCUGGGCGAGAUACUUAUGGCUGAAUAUCAUGCCGAAGAGGUGGCUGCGUUCAUGGAAAGGUUCGAUGGCAUCAAUGUGGAGCGCAUCAGGAAGGGCCUCCAACAUGCGGAGCGACAAUUGUUGCACUUGGCUCCCGAAAAGAGAAGAGUUGGCAGCCUGGACCCUGAGGGCCUUUACGCUUUGUUUGAGGCCAUGAAUUGCGAACCAUACCUGCGUAACGAACAGCUCAUGCAGGAGACCUUCGACGAGCCAUUCCGCCUUGUGCAGACAACCAAGAAGCUGCGCUUGCCCACGUACCUUCCAGCGUUCACGUAUUUCGUCUUCAGUGAUAACAUGGAGCGGUUGGAAUGGGCCCGAUAUGCCUGGAAUAAGCUGAGCAGGCCACCGACCGAGCACGAAUUCACAUAUAUGAUCCGCAAACCUUUGGAGCUCGCCCUACGACGUGUGCAAAUGUCGGCCCUUGAAGUGGGCUUUCUUCCAGCCUUCUGGCGUGGCGUUAGCAUCGUUGUUCCCAAAUUGACCGGCGAGCUCGUGAUGAAUUCACUCCGCCCCAUGGAAGCUAACAUUCAUCGAAUGUGUCUCGACCAAUUCUCGCUCAAAGAGAUCAAUGUGGAGACCUUCGCGUAUCUUGUCUCGACUUGGAAGGAGCUGAUAGAGAAGUCUCCUGAGGCGUUCUGGGACACACUUCGAUCUAUUCCUCCAAAGGCUAUCAUCGAGCAAUGCUUCCGAAGCCCUGCUUUGCACGAGAUCCUCGUGCGACCCGAUACACAGGGCUAUCCUCCUUUAGAAAACGUAUUCUCGUGGAUCCGUCCAUUUAUGGCUACCAUCAAGGGCAAUCCUGUCGCAGCUUGUGGUGCACUUGCUCGAGAAUUCGUGUCCCGGAGCGAGAACGAUCAGCUUGCUAGCGAAGCAAGAUCGUACUGCUUCACUUUGGCACUGCACGUCAUCCAGCAGACACUUCAAGGGAUGAUCAGGCCACCCAGCUUUGAGGCGUAUGUGGGCUCUGCGGUGGCCGCCGAGAUGCUUGAGCAGGUCAAUGAAUAUUUGCCUUUGAUUCUACAAUACACCCGAGGCAUCAAGAAUGGAGCGAAACCCAGUGAAGAUGCUGCUGCUGCCUUGAGCAUAAUUGAGAGCGCCGUCGCCCUUGAUUGUUUGACUCUUGUCCAGGAUCGUAAAGCUGUACAGUUUCAUAAGCCGCGCGGACACACUGCGCCUAAGCGUUCGGACGAAUUUUGGAAUCGCUUAACAAAUGGCAUUAGCUCGAGCGACCAGGCACUAGCUACGAGAGUCCUCAUAGGGGCUCGCGAGCUAGUUGGACUUGAAAAGUUCAGUCCGAAGUUUUCGCCGCGAGUUGCUGAUGAUCCCAAGCAAUUUGCCGCCGCCUUCGAUGCUAAAUGCUCCCAGCUGUCCAACUUUCUUGGGAGGGUGUCAGACUUUCCAACUUUCCAGCUUGCGGGACUCUUCAAGACCGAGGAAACGGCACAGGGCAUCGUACACAUUCUCUUUUCUUCCGACGUAAACGUACGUCAAGGCGCCGUGGAGAUUCUCAAGGCGAUGAGCGAGAAGACGGGCCGUGACGACGCUAUUGCAUAUACCUUGGACAACGCUUUCUAUACCUUUCUGAAGGCUUUCACCGUCUCAAUGACCGACAUCUGUGGCAAGGUCAUCUUCACGCCGAUGCCAGGCAUGAUCAAGUUAUGUAAUGAUGUCGUAGAUGUACUAUGCAAUCCUUCAAAUGGCAUUCUGCGCAUGAAAGAUUUGGUUGAGCAGGAGUGUGACGCUGUUAAGGCAUUUUGGAAAGCGUUAUGGUCUGUCUUGACGACCAUAUUCCAGAAUAUGGAAGGCUGGGGCACGCAAGGUCAUGACAAGCAAUUUAUGAUGGACUUUUGCCGGGACACCAUGCAGUUUGCCGAUACCCUUUUUGAUCACUACAGUGUCUUCCUCAAUGCUAUUCGAGAUGAUUACGAGGACGAGCAGCAGAACCGAGAGCAAGCUAAGGAUCUUCUCCAACAUCCUAGGGAUUCUAUGAACACCAUGGUGCGGUGGCUACGGUUACGGGAUGAAUUUCUCAUCGAGAAGAUUUUGACUCUGGUCACCAGCUUAUUGGCUCGGCUUAGCAAAAGCAAGGUUGACGCCACUGAAGCAUCGCUAGACUAUAUUGAAGAUGUCGCAGCCAAAAAGAUCAGAACGAACCUUAAGGAGCUGCAGCUUGCUCAGCUUAGAGAAGCGAUUGACAAAUACUCCGAUCGCCGCAUCGCUCAGCGGGUUGUAGAGGAGAAAAAGAAGGUCGUGAAGCAGACUUCGCUGAACGCUUGGGCUACCUCCGGCCGAACCAAAGACGAUGCGAUCGACCUUGACUCUGAUCUUGAGGCUGCACAGAGGAAGGUCAUUACAGAUGCGACCAAGGCGGCUGAGCGCUUCAAGCAACUCAAGGAACAAAGGGAGAAGAAAUUACCGAUAACUAAGAAGCAGGCAAUUCCUCCGGCUAGAAAGAAUGUUAUUGAUCAAAGCGAAUUCAUCCGCAAGCGAAGACUCGAGGAAGAAGAAGCACGCAAGAAGAAGGCCGCACUUGCUGCCGCGGCGAGAGGCAGUAUUCCAGGUCCCGGAUCGGCGCUCAAUAGUGUGGGUGUUCUAGCGAAGGAUCAUAGUGUAAAAGGUGAAGGAGUAAUGGUAGACUCGGACGAGUCGAGCUCGGAUUCAUCGGAUUCUGAUGAUGAUGACGAGAAUGAUCUUGAUCGCGAGCUUUUUGGCCCGAAGAGGAAAACCGCAAAACCAGCCAACGCAAUGUCUGAGGCGGAUGCUGCAAAGCUGCUUUCAAAAGGGCCUGUUAAGGUUCGUAAGGUUGUGAGAUCUGCUAAGGACAUGCGCGCUCGUCUUGCUCCUGACCUGUCAAAACUCCAUCAAGAGAUUUUGAGCUGGGACUACUUCCACAACGGCUACUAUCCACCAAACUCGCGUGCGGAUGCGUAUCAAAGGGUGCCUGAGAGCCUGCAGGAUCCAAGCAUGUACAAAAAUAUCUUCCAGCCACUCUUGGUGCUCGAAACAUGGCGUAAAAUUUGCAACGACAAGGAUCAGGAGGCGCAGAAUCGCCCGUACGAGAUCAAGAUCAUCAGUCGCGCGUUGGUAGAUGCCUUUGUGGAGGUCAGUUGUAGCAUACCGCGCGCGCCAGAACAAGAGCGACUCGAGGUUUCGGAGGGAGAUCUCGUUUUGCUUUCCAAAGCUCGAGAUCCUACAGGCUCCCCCGACUCGCCUUCCUGCCUAAGCAGAAUUCAUAAGGUGACCAGAAAGAAAGCACACGUCGAAGUGCUGUAUCGCGUAGUCCCUGGUAACAAAUUUAUGAGCUCGAUCAAUGGGGGGGUUACCGUUUGGGCAAUGAAGGUUGAUUCUCUCAUAACUGUUGAGAGAGAGUACGGCGCCUUGAUGGGUUUGCAGUAUUAUGAUCUUUGCGAUUACAUUUUGCAGGCAACUCCGUCGCGGCUGCUAACGUAUGGGGAGACUGCGUUGAAACCAUUAAUGGACAAUUACAAGUUAAAUCAGGCCCAGGCGAAGGCUGUAAAGAGUGCUUUGGAUAAUGAUGCCUUCACCCUCAUUCAAGGCCCACCUGGUUCCGGCAAGACAAAGACCAUCAUUGCUACUGUUGGCGCUCUUUUGACGGAUGCGCUCAAGGAUCGAAGCACGGCGGUUACUCGUCCUGGCAUGGCAAAUGGUGCUGCCCCUGUGCGAACCACAAGCAAAAAGCUGCUCGUCUGCGCUCCAAGUAACGCCGCUGUUGACGAACUUGUUUUGCGUUUCAAGGAAGGUAUUAAAUUAUCUUCCGGACAAGAAAAGAAGAUCAACGUAGUGCGACUUGGUCGCAGUGAGAAGAUUAAUCCCCAGGUUUUGGAGGUCACGUUGGAGGAGCUGGUCACUGCAAGGCUGAACAAGGCAGCUGGCUUUUCGGAGAAUCAACGGAUGGAGACGAAGAAGCUGAUGGACGAGCAUCAAGAUGUUUCGCGGAAACUAAAUGAAGCUUACGAUAAACGUGAUUCAGCUGCAGGUAAAGGCGCGAACGCAAGUGCGAUUGAAGAGGAGAUCAACAUGUAUAGACGUCGGAAGAAGGAAUUGUCGCUCUUGAUUGAUCAAGCGAAAGACAAGGAACAGAACACCGUCCGUCAGAACGAUCUUGAGAAAAAACGAAUUGAGCAGCAAAUCUUGGACGAAGCACACAUUCUCUGCGCGACCCUCAGCGCUAGCGGUCAUGAAAGGUUCCAAAAUCUCAGUCUGGAGUUUGAAACGGUCAUCGUCGAUGAAGCCGCACAAUGUACUGAGUUACAGGCACUUAUUCCGCUCAAGUAUGGAUGUUCGAAAUGCAUCCUUGUCGGAGAUCCCAAGCAGUUGCCACCAACCACAUUCAUGGACGCCAAGCUCAACUUCCAGUACGAACAGAGUUUGUUCGUACGCAUGCAGAACAACUCGCCCGAGGAUGUCCAUCUUCUGGACACGCAGUAUCGUAUGCAUCCGGAAAUCAGCUUGUUCCCAAGCAAGUGCUUCUACGACAGCAGGCUGCUCGAUGGUCCGGAAAUGGCGAAGCUACGGGCGAAACCCUGGCACAAGGAUCCAAUCCUUGGUCCGUAUCGUUUCUUCGAUGUUCAGGGCCAGCAGUCGUCCGGACCACGUGGCUCAUCUUUGACAAACAGAAUGGAGAUUGAUGCUGCGAUGCGUUUGUACGAAAAGCUUCUAGCAACUUGUUCGACUUAUGAUUUCAGGGGCAAGAUCGGAAUCAUCACACCGUACAAAGCACAGUUCAACGCACUCAAGCAGCGAUUCCAAGAGGAGUAUGGAAAAGGCAUCGUGGACACGAUCGAAUUCAAUACUACAGAUGCCUUCCAGGGCCGUGAGUGCGAGAUCAUCAUUUUCUCUUGUGUACGUGCCUCCGAGGGAAGCAUCGGUUUCUUGAAUGACUAUCGCCGUAUGAACGUCGGUCUUACACGCGCAAAAUGUUCUCUGUGGGUGUUGGGCAACACGCGAUCGCUUGUGAAUGGCAAAGAUUGGAGAGCGAUGAUCGAAGAUGCACAGGCGAGACAGAGGAUAUCACCUGCGAAAGACAUCGACCUAGGCCAGUCGAUCACCGCUGCGGGUUCGUACCGCCCGAUUCAAACGCCGAUAUCUUCACUCACUUGUGACGACGGAGACGUCAAAAUGGGCGGAUACUCGGGUGUCAACUCAUCAGACGCUUCGCGGCGUUCUUCCAUCAGCUCUGCAUCUGUCAACUCUAAGUCAUUCCCCACUGUCCCCGGCAAGGAUCGCAUCAAGACAGAGUUCUCGCGGCGUGUGAAAGAGGAAGCCAGCGAUUUGGACGUGAAGGUUGCCUUAUCGUCCGAUAGCGAGGACAAUAAGUCAUCGGUAACGUCGGAGAGCUACAUCAAGAAGGAGUUGAACGACGGACACCAGAUGGGCAAGCAGCAGCAGACCAAUCACAUAUCUGCACCAGGACCGCCCUCCAGGGCUUCGUCCGGAGCUGCUCCGGGCUUCCUAGUACCCAGACCUUCGGGUCAGAUGCCUGUCAAGCGAAAAAAGCCACAGGCCAAUCCCCUGCUCGACAGCAAGCGACCGAAGAAAAAGUGAGCACGGACAGGAAGGCUCAUCACAAUAAUGGCCAGAGCAAAAAACACGAGUUGUUCUCCUGGCGUGGUCUGACGCAUCCAUGGACUUCCAUCGGCAUAGCACAAGGAGUUUUGUCUGCAUUUUAGGAGUUCUGAUUAGAGUAGAAAGUGACAAUCCCCUUGAAAGCUCCUUGAUGGACAAUCCACAAGGAGGGCAGACUAGUUGAACAUGGCAAGAACUUCACCAGGCACGUAGAGAAAAAAGCACAAUCACCCUUCGCGUGGAAAGUGAUUGGCAGGGAUAGUCUUUUUUGUGAUCUAAGAGGCUUGUCGCAAACUUCGGCUCUUUGGCAAAGUGAUUCACGUUGCACA